AUGUCUCUCGAUCACGAGUCGUCGCUACCGAAGUGUUUGGCCGGGCUUAGCGCUCAUCUUCAAGCCGAGAAGGAGGUCAUCGCGGUAGUACGCGCGAUCGAGGACCAGGCCGCGGAAGCUGUUCGGGAUCUCGCCCUCGCAGAGUUGGAACUCCCUGCCGGAGCCGCGGCUGUCACUGCCAAGCUUGUACCGCUCUUGCAGUGGAAUAAACCAAGCUACGACCAAGCCAGCGAGCAGGCAUUUUCGCGGCGGUACACUCCCUUGAAAGCACAUACCACCGGACAGCCCCUGACCCCCUCCACACAAUCUGACGACAGCAUCUCCCCGCUCCCACAGUCCCCGCCCGGAUGCCUCGAGCCUGAGCCGGAGCCAAUUCCGCCAAGUAUAGAUAAUUGGGCCAGAGGUGUAGUUCCUUGCAAGAACGUUUCCUGGGUGCCAGGAAAACUACCUUCCCCAUCACCUCGCGGGGACCAAGAAGAAGAAGAGCCAGCCCUCCGGGGCGGAGAGGAACAGGACUCGUCAAAGAUGCCAGUGAGCAACGACCACGCUGGUCGACGGGAAAGCAAGGACAAGGAUGCCACGUCACGCGCGGCAAAGUAUGGUGCCGAUUGUAACGCAGCUCGCAAUCGCGACGACGAUGACGGCAGGGCGUGGGGAGGCGGGAACGAGGAAGGGGAAGACAUCGGUCUGCUAAGUUUGUUCUCCGAGGAGGGCCACGGCCUAGGGGACGAGAAGCUGGCCGGAGCUGGCGGCAUCGGGGAUGCCAUCGGGCGAGGGCGUCAGCACGAGGAGAGGGCGUUUCUCGAGAGCUUACGACGACGGGAAGAGGCCCGAAUACAAGAGAAGGCGCAGGCUCGAGAGAGGCUGGAGAGGAUAGACAAGGAGAACAGGGCAAAGGAAGAGAAGAUGAAAAAGGAGCUCAAGGGGAGAGCCUGGGUGUGGGGACCUAACGGCGAGGUCAUCAUACUAAACGUCGUCCCGCCCGAGAAAAUCCCGGCGCGGGUGAUGCCUCGCAUCGGGGUUCGAGACCGCUCCGCCGAUGGAGGUGGCAGCGACGUCACCGGCAACACGUCGCCGCUACGUGGAGGACCCCAUACCAAGGUAGCUCCUGCCCCGACACGGGAGGGUGGCGACUCUAAGGCUUCGAAAGGGGGACAAGUCGGGUCCGGAAAUAACGAUACCGAUGGCGGUGGAGGCAGUGGCGGUGGGGGGGAAGGGGAGCGGCGAGCGAAAGACAAUGGAGGAAGGGGUAGGAGGACGAAGAGGAACGACGGCGCAGCGGCUGCCCGCAGGAGAAAGGGCAGUCGCUCGGAGCGAUUCUUCGAGAUGUCAGCCACGACCCAGCCUCCUCUCGUCGACACCUUGGACCUCCAAGCCGGGGUCUGCGUUCAGCAAGGCGGUGACGAGAAACAAGGGCCCGCUUUCGAAGAGGACCACAAGCACCCGCCUCGCAGAGAUCUCCUGCCGAGAGGUCCUCUGCCGAGGGAGCCCUCGCUGGCGCGAGCCCCAACGCCAGUGAGCAUCGGCGACGCAACGAGCGUGAGCGCACGCGAGGGUCGGUCUCUUGACCCACCGCGUGGCCGGAGGCCUAGUCAUGGCGACCCCCUCUCCCCUCCAGCAACACACCCGCUCCGAUCGGCUUCCAUCGGAUCAGGAUCGGGACGGCGGGCACGCCACCACCGCGUUUCCUCGAACAGGGACAGCGUGGUCAACCGUGUCAAGACUCUAGACCCCCUGUCCGGCGGCAAGCGGAUAGAGGCUGGUGGCACAGGAGCAAGAGGGGGAGGGGGUGUUGGGCAUCACCGUGGAAGGCGCUUGGUAGUUCCCGGAGGAGCAGAGCCGGAAGGGUUCGGUGUCGGGUCGGAUGAUGAUGCCGAGGAUGAUCCUCACUUGCGCCUGUUCAAAGAGGGCGGAAACAUUGGUGGCGGGGGAGGCGGGGGCGGGGGGUUCAAGCCCGUGCCCCCGCCGCCGUUGCCGCGCAAGAGGGGCUCCAAGCAGAGGCGAGGAGUGCUAGCCAAGCCUGAAUUACGCCGGCCUCGGGACCGCGGUACUCAGCCGCCGAUUCCCACGGUCACGCGCAAACACCUUCCACCCCCCCCGCUCGGUGAGACUAUGGGUCACGGCCUGUCCCCACCCCGGGAUCGCGGACUCGGAGAGACGCUCGGCGGCGGGAGCGACGCUGGUGGGCCGUCCUUGCCCGGCAGCUACGCUGCCAGGCAUGGCAACACAAACAACAGCGACAGCAAGUUCAAGCGUGGCAGAGAGGGCCUCGCGGCACAUCCAGCCGAUAGCGGUGUUGGUCGAAAAAGAAAGAGCGGUGGCGGUGGCGCUGGGGGAGGCAGUAGCGAAUCGCCGCACAGAAUGGAAGGUCGUGAGAAAGGGGGCGGCAAAGAGCUCCCGGCGCUUCCGGGCCAGAAGAAGCAGCAGGCGUUUCUGCCAUCGUCACCGGGGGAAGGGGAUGGGGGAGACGCAGACGGCGAGGACGGCGGCGGCAGGAAGGCGCGGAGGAGAGGGUCAACGUCGCGGAUGGGGUGGAUCAGCUCGCGGCGGUCGAAGGGGACGCUCCAGGAGCUCUUUCAAACGGCCUAG